AUGGAGACCAGCGCCGGUCUACACCCGCGGCGCCUGGUCCUAAGCCUGAUGCCGCUCUGUCUCGCCCUGCUUUUGGGACCCGGGCGGCCCGGGACCGCCGAGGAAGUCAUCCUCUUGGAUUCCAAAGCCUCCCAGGCUGAGCUGGGCUGGAUUGCACUGCCGAGUAAUGGGUGGGAGGAGAUCAGCGGCGUGGACGAACACGACCGUCCCAUCCGCACAUACCAAGUGUGCAAUGUUCUGGAGCCCAACCAGGACAACUGGUUGCAGACUGGCUGGAUCAGCCGUGGCCGCGGGCAGCGCAUCUUCGUGGAGCUGCAGUUCACGCUGCGCGACUGCAGCAGCAUCCCUGGCGCCGCGGGCACCUGCAAGGAGACCUUCAAUGUCUACUACCUGGAAACCGAGGCCGACUUGGGCCGUGGGCGUCCCCACCUAGGCGGCAACCGGCCCCGCAAAAUUGACACGAUCGCGGCGGACGAGAGCUUCACUCAGGGCGACCUGGGCGAGCGCAAGAUGAAACUAAACACAGAGGUGCGAGAGAUCGGCCCGCUCAGCCGGCGGGGUUUCCACCUGGCCUUCCAGGAUGUGGGCGCGUGCGUGGCGCUGGUCUCUGUGCGCGUCUACUACAAGCAGUGCCGUGCCACUGUGCGGGGCCUGGCGGCGUUCCCAGCCACCGCGGCCGAGAGUGCCUUCUCUACACUGGUGGAAGUGGCCGGAACGUGCGUGGCGCACUCGGAAGGGGAGCCCGGUAGCCCCCCGCGCAUGCACUGCGGCGCCGACGGUGAGUGGCUGGUGCCCGUGGGCCGCUGCAGCUGCAGUGCGGGAUUCCAGGAGCGUGGCGACAUCUGCGAAGCCUGUCCCCCAGGGUUUUACAAGGUGUCCCCACGGCGGCCCCUCUGCUCGCCGUGCCCAGAGCACAGCCGGGCCCUGGAAAACGCCUCCACGUUCUGCGUGUGCCAGGACAGCUACGCGCGCUCGCCCACCGACCCGCCCUCGGCUUCCUGCACCCGGCCGCCGUCGGCGCCGCGGGACCUGCAGUACAGCCUGAGCCGCUCGCCGCUGGCGCUGCGGCUGCGCUGGCUGCCGCCGGCCGACUCGGGCGGCCGCUCGGACGUCACGUACUCGCUGCUGUGCCUGCGCUGCGGCCUCGAGGGCCCGACGGGCGCGUGCGAGCCGUGCGGGCCGCGCGUGGCCUUCGUGCCGCGCCAGGCCGGGCUGCGCGAGCGCGCCGCCACGCUGCUCCACCUGCGGCCCGGAGCGCGCUACACCGUGCGCGUGGCCGCGCUCAACGGCGUCUCGGGCCCCGGCGCCGCCGCCGCGGGAACCACCUACGCGCAGGUCACCGUCUCCACCGGGCCCGGGGGGCCCUGGGAGGAGGAUGAGAUCCGCAGGGACCGGGUGGAGCCCCAGAGCGUGUCCCUGUCGUGGCGGGAGCCCAUCCCCGCUGGAGCCCCUGGGGCGAACGGCACGGAGUACGAGAUCCGAUACUACGAGAAGGGUCAGAGUGAGCAGACAUACUCCACAGUGAAGACCGGGGCGCCUGCAGUCACCGUCACCAACCUGAAGCCAGCUACCCGCUACGUCUUUCAGAUCCGGGCAGCUUCCCCGGGGCCCUCCUGGGAGGCCCAGAGCUUCAACCCCAGCAUCGAAGUGCAGACCCCUGGAGAAGCUAUCUCAGGGUCCAGGGACCAGAGCCCUGCAGUUGUCAUCACUGUGGUGACCAUCUCAGCCCUCCUUGUCCUGGGCUCCGUGAUGAGCGUGCUGGCUGUUUGGAGGAGGCCCUGCAGCUAUGGCAAAGGAGGUGGGGGCACCCACGAUGAAGAGGAGCUGUAUUUCCACUUCAAAGUUCCAACACGUCGCACGUUCCUGGACCCCCAGAGCUGUGGGGACCCGCUGCAGGCUGUGCAUCUGUUUGCCAAGGAGCUGGAUGCGAAGAGCGUCACGCUGAACAGGAACCUCGGAACAGGGCGGUUUGGGGAGGUGUGCUAUGGCUGCCUGCAGCUCCCUGGCCGCCAGGAGCUGCCCGUGGCUGUGCACACGCUGAGGGAUGGCUGCUCCGACUCGCAGAGGCUCAGCUUCCUGGCCGAGGCCCUCACCCUGGGCCAGUUUGACCAUAGCCACAUCGUGCGGCUGGAGGGUGUCGUCACCCGAGGAAGCACCCUGAUGAUUGUCACUGAGUACAUGAGCCACGGGGCCCUGGAUGGCUUCCUCAGGAGGCACGAGGGGCAGCUGGCAGCCGGGCAGCUGAUGGGGUUGCUGCCUGGGUUGGCGUCAGCCAUGAAGUAUCUGUCAGAGAUAGGCUACGUCCACCGGGGCCUGGCAGCCCGCUGCGUGCUCAUCAGCAAUGGCCUCAUCUGCAAGAUCUCUGGCUUUGGGAGGGGGCCCCGGGACCGAGCAGAAGCUGUUUACACCACCAUGAGUGGCCGGAGCCCGGCGCUGUGGGCUGCCCCUGAGACGCUUCAGUUUGGCCACUUCAGCUCUGCCAGUGAUGUGUGGAGCUUUGGCGUCGUCAUGUGGGAGGUGAUGGCCUUUGGGGAGCGGCCCUACUGGGACAUGUCUGGCCAAGAUGUCAUCAAGGCUGUGGAGGAUGGCUUCCGGCUGCCACCCCCCAGGAACUGUCCCUCCCCACUGCACCGACUGAUGCUUGACUGCUGGCAGAAGGACCCAGGUGAGCGGCCCAGGUUCUCCCAGAUCCACAGCAUCCUGAGUAAGAUGGUGCAGGACCCAGAACCUCCGAAGUGUGCUACAACCAGCUGUCCCAGGCCUCCUACCCCCCUGGCGGACCGUGCCUUCUCCACCUUCCCCUCUUUUGGCUCUGUGGGUGCGUGGCUGGAGGCUCUGGACCUGUGCCGCUACAAGGACAGCUUCACUGCAGCUGGCUACGGAAGCCUGGAGGCCGUGACUGAGAUGACUGCCCAGGACCUGGUCAGCUUGGGCAUCUCUUCAGCUGAACAUCGAGAAGCCCUCCUCAGUGGGAUCAGCGCCCUGCGGGCACGGGUGCUCCAGCUGCAGGGCCAGGGGGUGCAGGUGUGA